GGCUUGGCUUUGAAGAGAAGCUGGCACCAGUGGUUUUGUGUCCUUUGCUGCGAGUGCUGCUGCAGGGAGCUAAGCAGAGAGCAUAGGCCAGCUGGAAAACUACGAUAUGAAUGCAGUGACCUAUGAUGAUGUGCGUAUUGACUUUACUUGGGAAGAGUGGACUUUGCUGGAUCCUUCCCAGAAGAAUCUCUACAAAGAUGUGAUGCUUGAGACCUACAGGCACCUCACUACUAUAGGAUACAGUUGGGAAGACCAUAAUAUUGAAGAACAUUGUCAAAGUUCUAGAAGACACGAAAGGCAAGAACGAAGUCAAAACGGAGAGAGAUCUUCUGUACAUAAUCAAUAUGUUAAGGCCUUUGCAUUUCCUGGUAAUAUUGAACUGCUUAAAAGAACAAAUACUAGUGAGAAUCCUCAUGAAUGCAAUCAACCUGUUAAAGCCUUUGCAUAUCAUGGUCAUCUUCAAAACUGUGGAAAAGUAUACACCAGAGAGAAACCCUGUGAAUGCAAUCAGUUUGAUAAAGCCUUUGCAAAAUACAGUCAUCAUCAAAGGCAUGAAAGAACACAUACUGGAAAGAAACCUUUUGAAUGUGAUUAUUUUGGUAUACCUAUUGGACAGCACAGUAAUCUUCAAAGUCAUAAAAGAACACAUACUGGGGAGAAACCCUGUGAAUGUAAGCAAUGUAGUCAAGCCUUUUUAUGUCACAGUGCUCUGCAAUGUCAUAUAAAAACACAUCCUGGGGAGAAACCCUAUGAAUGUAAUCAGUGUGGUAAAACCUUUGCACAUCCUAGUAGUCUUCAAGUGCAUAAAAGAAUCCAUACUGGAGAGAAACCUUAUGAAUGUACUCAAUGUAGUAAAGCCUUUGCAGAUCAAAGUACUCUUCAAAGGCAUAAAAGAACACAUACUGGAAACAAACCCUUUGAAUGUAAUGAUUGUGGUAAAGUAUUUGCACAGUACAAUAAUCUUCAUAGUCAUAAAAGAAUACAUACUGGGUACAAACCUCAUGAAUGUAAGCAGUGUGGUAAAGCCUUUGCACGAUACAGUCAUCUUCAAAGGCAUGAAAGAACACACACUGGAGAGAAACCCUAUGAAUGUAAUCAGUGUGGUAAAGCCUUGGCAGAUCAAAAUAGUCUCCGAGUACAUGAAAGAACCCAUACUGGAGAGAAACCCUUUGUAUGUAAUCAAUGUGAUAAAGCCUUUACAAGUCGUAAUCGUCUCCAAAUACAUGAAAGAACCCAUACUGGAGAGAAACCCUUUGUAUGUAGUCAAUGUAGUAAAGCCUUUGUAUGUCACGCUGCUCUUCAAAGUCAUAAAAGAACACAUACUGGAGAGAAACCUUAUGAAUGUAAUCAAUGUGGUAAAGCCUUUGCAAAAUACAGUCAUCGUCAAAGGCAUGAAAAAACACAUACUGGAAAGAAACCUUUUGAAUGUAAUGAUUGUGGUAAAGCCUUUGCACAGCACAGUAAUCUUCGAAAUCAUAAAAGAACACAUACUGGGGAGAAACCCUAUGAAUGUAAGCAAUGUGGUAAAGCCUUUGUAUAUAACAGUGCUCUUCAAUGUCAUAUAAGAACACAUACAGGGGAGAAACCCUAUGAAUGUAAUCAGUGUGGUAGAGCCUUUGCACAUCCCAGUACUCUUCAAAUGCAUAAAAGAAUCCAUACUGGAGAGAAACCAUAUGAAUGUAUCACUUGUGGUAAAGCCUUUACACGUCUCAGUAUUCUUCAUAUUCAUAUAAGAACCCAUACUGGAGAGAAACCCUAUAAAUGCCAUCAAUGUGGUAAAGGCUUUAAAGAUCAAAGUUCUCUUCAAAAUCAUAAAAGGACCCAUACUUAAGAGAAACCCUAUUAAUGUUAAUGAUUGUGGUAAAAACCUUUGCACGCCUCAGUACUCUGCAAAUGCAUAAAGUCACACAUACUAGAUAGAAGCCUUGUAUAUGUAAUCAAUUUGGUAAAGCCUUUGAAUGUCACAGUAGUCUUCAGAGGCAUAAAAGAACACUUAUUGAAGAGGAAACCUAUAAAUGUAAUCAGUGCAGAUAAGCUUUGGAUUGUCACAAUUGUUACUGAAAGUAUGAAAGAAACUAUACUACAGAGAAACCCUGUUUAUGUAAUUAGUGUGAUUAAUCCUUUCUAUGUCAUAGUACUCUUGAAAUGUCUAAAAGAACACAUACUGGAGAGCAACCCAUUGAAUGUAAUCAGUGUGGUAAAAUCUUUGCAUGUGUGAGUUUUCUUCAAAAUCAUGAGAAAAAUAUCAACUUGCAGAGAAACCCUCUAAAUGUAAUCAUUGUGGUAAAGUUUUGCACUUUACACAAGAGUAAAACUUUUUGUGUGCAAUCUAUCUCUUAAAGCCUUGGGAUAUUGCAAUAAUCUUUGAUGACCUGAAAAGCUAUUGAGGCCUUUUAAAAAUAAUUUUUAAUUAAAAUGUUUUUCUUCCCUUUUAUAUACCAUGCCCUGCUCUUCCUCCUUUCCUUUCUACCACUUCCACCACCUCCUCCAUCCUAUCUACUCCUCAUACAGGGUAAGCCCUAUCUUUAGUAGUCAGCACAAUUUGGUGCUGGACCUAGCCCUUCUCCUCUGCAUCAAAGCUGAAUAAGGCAUCCCACCAUAGGCAAUGGCCUCUAAAAAGCCAGUUCAUGUGCCCAAGAUAAUUUCUGGUCCCAUUGCCUGUGUACUGAGAAACAUAUCAAGCCACAUAACUGUCACCCAUAUUCAGAGUGUGUAGUGCAGUCCCAUGUAGGCUCCCCAGUUGUCAGUCCCAGAGUCCAUGUGCUCCCACUAGGUUGGGUCAGCUAUCAAUUUGGUUUUUAUGUCAUGAUGCUGACACCCCUCCCCCUUGCUCCUAUAAGCCUUCCUCCCUCUCUUCAACUAAACUCCAGAAUCUUGGCCAAGUGCUUGGUUGUGGGUCUCUGCAUCUGCUUCCAUCAGUCAUAGGACGUAUGUGCUAUGAUGACAAUUAGGGUAAACACCAAUCUGAGUGCAGGGGAAGACUAGUUCAAGUACCCUCUCCACCAUUGCUAUGAGUCUUAGCUGGGGACAAUCUUGCUAUUUCCUGGAGUUUUCCCUAGCUACAAAUUUCUUCCCGUCGCCUUAAUGAUACACUCUAUCAACAUAUUUCUUUCAUUGCUCUCCCUCCCCCAUGUGUCCCCCAACUCAGCCAUCCCAAGCCCUCAUUUUCCCAACUAUCUCCUCUUCUCAACUUCCCCCUUUUGUUUACCCUGGAGAUAUUAACACUUUGCCCUUCCUGUAGUAAUCCAUGUGUAUCCCUCUCGGGUCCUCUUCUGUACCUAACUUCACUGGUUUUGUGGAUUUGUAGCCUAUUUACCCUUUGCUUUGCUUCUAAUAUUUACUUAUUAGUGAGUACAUACCAUGUUUGUCUUUCUGGAUUUAGGUUACCUCACUCAAGAUGAUUAUUUCUAGUUCUAUUUAUUUGCCUACAAAUUUCAUGAUGAAAUGAUUAUAAGUGUUUGUGGGCUUUCUGCAUUUUCUGUUGUUGAAUUCUAACUUUAAGAUAUGUUGGUCCAAUAAGAUAGAGGGGGAUUAUACCAAUUUUUUGUAUCUGUUGAUAUUUGUUUUGUUACCAACUAUGUGGUCAAUUUUUUAUAAAGUUCCAUGGGGUGCUGAGAAGAAUGUGUAUUUUUUGUUUGUUUGU